CCCCUCGCGGUGGCCAGAUUUCUUCUCCCGCGCAUCUCUAUCUUCCUUCCCCAGCUCACUCUCCAGCGCAUCUGAUUUUUUCCACCGCCGCGCGCUAGUGUGCAUCUUCUGAAGAUUUUUCCACCGGAUGUCUCAUCUUAUGCCCUCUCCUCUCCAUUUCUUACGUAGCCCAGAUAUUCCAGCAGCCGUUCGCUCGAAUCCACCGCCGCUCCUGCCCCAAUGGCGCACGCCCACCUCCUCAGCCAUGGAGCUCACGAGCAUCUCCCUACGCCCUCUGCUAUCUGCUGUUCUCAUCCUCCCAGCUCGCCUCCUGUCCCCAACCAUGGAGGUCGGCCGCCUGUUCCUCUCCGCUGCUCGCAGCGCCCGGAUCCUCUCCCCGUGAAUCUCUCUGCUGCCCUUUUUCUCGCCGGUGGUGUUACCUCGGGCUCAUCUUCUUUACGCUUGUUCCCUGCUGAAUCGCGUCCUGGAGCUUGCCCUGCUGCUGCUCGCCCAUGGCGCCCUGUCGAGGUUGCUCCCACGCGCGCCCCUGGUCCGAACUCCCUGUUUUCCUUGAGACCGAGCGGCUCCCAUGGCGCUCGUUCGACUGAGUUUCCUGACGCGCAGCUCCCUCUGUUCCAUCUCCCUUUCACGCAUCUUCCCCUUCCCAGCCGCGUCCUGUCGAGCUUGGCUCCGUGCGCGCGCUUCUUCUCCCUCAGCUCGCUCCUCCUGUGCCGCGCCCCAGCUCCUGAUUCGGCUCUGCUCCUCCCUACGCCCAUCUCGCAUGGCGCUCAGCUCGGACUGCCCCUGCUCUUUGUUCCUCUAGCUCGUUCCUGACCGGGUCCUGUUGAGCACCGUUUUGAGCCUGGCGGACAGUCCGGCCCUGAGGCCGGACGGUACGCGGUACGGACAGUCCGCGCGUGUCGGCCGGCCGGUCCGCGCAUGCGCAGAGUAGUUUAGGGUUCCGAGUUUUGUGCUAUGUUUGUUUGCUAGAUUUGCAAAAUUAGCUCGGAAUCCAGUCGUGUAAAGGGUCCAGCCCCUCUCCUCUAUAAAAAGAGAGGUCUACGGCCGAUUUGUAAUCAUCAAUCGAAUCAAUACAAUUUCUAUUUCGCAUU